CGUGUCCACAGGUUGUGGCUUGAGGACACAGGUUUUUAACUAGGUCCGUUGAUCAUUAACAGUGGGAGAAGGAGUCCAAACUCAGCUCCCCUGUGGCCGUAGACAGCUGGGCCUCAGCCCUCCUGCAGAAAUGCUAGGCCCCCAGAUGUGGGCCUCCAUGAGGCAGGGGUUGAGCAGGAGCUUGUCUAGGAAUAUGAAAGGGAAGAAGAUAGACAUUGCCGGCAUCUACCCACCCGUGACCACCCCGUUCACCGCCACCGCAGAAGUAGACUAUGGAAAACUGGAAGAGAACCUGAAUAAACUGGGCACUUUCCCCUUCCGAGGCUUCGUGGUCCAGGGCUCUACUGGAGAGUUUCCGUUCCUGACCAGCAGCGAGCGCCUGGAGGUGGUGAGCCGCGUGCGCCAGGCCAUACCCAAGGACAAGCUCCUGAUAGCCGGCUCUGGCUGCGAGUCCACUCAAGCCACAGUAGAGAUGACGGUCAGCAUGGCUCAGGUCGGUGCUGAUGCCGCCAUGGUGGUGACUCCCUGUUACUAUCGUGGCCGCAUGAGCAGCGCUGCCCUCAUUCACCACUACACGAAGGUUGCCGAUCUUUCUCCAAUCCCUGUGGUGCUGUACAGUGUCCCAGCCAACACUGGGCUAGACCUGCCUGUGGAUGCAGUCGUUACGUUGUCUCAGCACCCGAAUAUCAUUGGCAUAAAGGACAGUGGUGGCGAUGUGACAAGGAUCGGGCUAAUGGUUCACAAGACUAGCAAGCAGGAUUUCCAGGUGUUGGCUGGGUCAGUUGGCUUCCUCCUGGCCAGCUAUGCUGUGGGAGCUGUUGGGGGCAUAUGCGGCCUGGCUAAUGUCUUAGGGGCCCAGGUGUGCCAGCUGGAGAGACUCUGCCUCACGGGGCAGUGGGAAGCUGCCCAGACACUUCAGCACCGCCUCAUCGAGCCCAACACUGCGGUGACACGGCGCUUUGGAAUCCCGGGGCUGAAGAAAACCAUGGACUGGUUUGGCUACUAUGGAGGCCCCUGUCGUGCCCCCUUACAGGAGCUGAGCCCUACUGAGGAGGAGGCCCUGCGCUUGGAUUUCAGCAACAAUGGCUGGCUCUGAUGACAAACUGGAGACACCUCGCCUGAGCCUUGGGACUUCUGUUCCCAAAGCCUGAAGAGGAGCAGAGCAUUCAUUAGGAAUUAGGGUUUGUCUUAGUCACUGUUCUAUUGCUGGGAAGAGACACUGAGACCUUGGUAGUUCUUAUAAAGGAAAGCAUUUAAUUGGGGCUGGCUUACAGUUUCAGGUGUUUAGUUCAUUAUCAUCAUGGAGGGAAGCAUGGUGGCAUGCAGGUAGACAUAGUGUUGGAGAAGGAGCUGAGAGCCCUACAUCUGGAUCCACAGGCAGGAGGAAGAGAAAGCCAUUGGGCCUGGCUUUUUUUUUUUUGAAAACUUCAAAGCCCGCCCCCAGUGACACACUUCCUCCAAUGAGGCCACACCUCCUAAUUCUUUCAAAUAGUGCCACUCCCUAAGCAUUUAAAUGUAUGAGCUUAUGGGGCCAAUCUUAUUCAAACCACCACAUUCCACUCCCUGGGCCCCCUAGACUUAUCACCAUAUUAUAAUACAAAAUGCAUUUAGUCCGCUCUCAAAAGUUCCCAUAGUCCAUCACAGUCUCAAGACUGCUAAAAAGUGCAAAGUUCAAAAUCUCUUCUGAGAUUCAUGGCAUUCUCUUAACUGUAACCCUCUGUCAAAUCAAAAUCAAAAAGCAGAUCACAUACUUCCAACACACAGGAUAUUCAGUACCAUUCCAAAAGGGUGGAAAGGGAGCUUAGUGAGGAAAUACUGGGCCAAAGCAAGUCCGAAAAUCAGAUGGAUAAACCCCAAACUUUGCGCCUCCAUGUCUGAUGCCAAAGCAUGCUUCAGAUCUCCAACUCCUUUCAGCUUUGUUGACUGCAACACAGUUCUCUCUCUUGGACUGGUUCUGCCCCCUUAGCAGCUCUCCUCAGCAGGUAACCCAUGACUCACCCAGACUUCACUUUCACAGCUCCAUGCAAUGGCCUCUCUGACACAGGUCUGGCCCUAGUGGCUUUCCUUGGGUGAGGAGGGAGAGUCCACAAUGCCUUUCUUGUAUCCUUGAUUCUAAAGUCAGAACUAUGUGGCUGAAGCUGCCAAGCUCUGCUGCUUGAUGGGGCUGGAACUUGUCCUCCUCGUUCAAAUACAUUUUCAUUAACAUUC